CUGGAAGCCCCGAAGAGGUGGAGUUGAAGAGGCCGAGCCACUUCGCCCCUACCCCCAGUGUGGAGGAGGGGGCGACAACGUAUCGCGCUCGUGUUCUUAUCUCUCCUCGAGCUUCAUGCUUGCCGACCAAUCGCCGGAAGAGAAGAGAGGUAGGGGAACUUCCUUUUCGCGCCACUAACCACACUGCCGUUCUGCACCGGCGUUCGUCCUUCUCUAGCGUGUUCGCUUGUUUUUCUCGCGCGGCAGUUUCUCGAUUUCCAUAACAUACCCAACAUUCAAAUUCACAACUUUCCUGAAGCCUCGGAAGUCCAACUUCCCGAAGUAGCGAACCUUAUUCCACAACUGGAACUGUCAGACCUUCGCGAGGAACAAGAAGAAUGCUCUUCGUCUCACCCGAGGACAGUCUCGGUCGUCCCCUCAUUUCCCCGUAUCGCGUUCACACGCGUGUCCAGUUGGAAUAAAGUUCACUGCUUCACACGCAGAGGCUGCGUAUACACGGCGCGAAGAGGCUACUGUUCAAGUCGCGCGCUUCCGGUGCGCGACGGCGGCGCAUCCGGUGACGCGCGAAAACACGAUGGCGGAUGGCGAACAGCGAGGGAAGUCACUGGCGAGCGCUCGCGUGGGCCAACUCUUCGCGGUCUUCCUUGUCUUCGCCAAGGUCGAAGCUCGAACACCUGGUCCCUGGUGUGACAUCGCUUGACGACACCGUGGACGACACCGUGGACGACGCCGUUGCCGUCCAGCUGCCAUGUUUACCCGUGGCGUUCGCGCGGAACGAGAUGCAGCCGCGGCGGAUGCCGAAGAGAAAGUCGCGGCGGCGCGGAGGGUCAGUGCAGGAGGCGACCCAGCAGGCGUGUUACUGCAGCCCGGCAUCACCGGGCCUUCACUUAUAUCGUCGCUCGGCUAAUAACGCUAGAGUCAAAGGAGAUGCGACAUCAUACUCCACUACGUCAAAGGAAGAUUCCGGAAGGAUUUGUAUGAUGUGGGAUGUUCAUCAAGACAAGAAUGUACAUGUUACUGUGUUAUAACGGAAA